GGAAAGGUCUGGUCAACCUGGUUAUGCUAAAUAAACACUUUUUAUUGAGCAAGUUCGGUUCCCGGUCAAAGAUAUAUUUCCACACUAAAGAUUGCAUAAACGCAUCAAUGUCCACCACACUCACCAUCAAUUCGACCAACAAAGGGAUAGCUACAAAAGCCCCCGCAAACCGAUUACACCUCCUCCCGCCCGGUGCCUUUGAUACUCAUGUCCACGUCUUUGACCCCAAACUGGGCCCAUAUGCCGAUGGUCGCGCAUAUACUCCGGAAGAUGCUCCUUUGCAGAAACUCAUCGCAUUCAAUAAAAAUAUAGCCGCAAAUACUCAGAAUGGAACACUUGUUCUUGUGCAGCCAUCUCCAUACAAGACCGAUUGUACCGUGUUGAUGCAUUGUCUGCAAGAGCUGAAAGAUCGAGAAGUAACAGCUUACGCUAUUGUGGUGAUCGAUUUGGAAACCAUUACAGAUGAGGAACUUGAACAUAUGCAUCAACUCGGGGCACGAGGUAUCCGGUUGAAUUUUCAAGCAGAUGGAAAGGAAGUUGAUCUGUCGAAAUUGGUGGCUCUUCUACAACAGGCUGCUCGACGUAUUAGCCAUCUGCCUGGCUGGAUGAUACAGUUAUUCAUUCCUGCAUGGACAUGGGAUGUUCUGCAUGAUCAUAUCCUUGCCCUCCCUGUCACCGUCAUUGCAGACCAUCUCGGCGGUGUUUUGGGUCCAUCGAAACUGUCAUCUGAAUAUCAGUCAUCACCCAUCUUACAACCAGGAUUCAAAUCUCUCUUAUCACUGGCCAAACAGUCUCGCGUUAUCGUCAAAAUAUCCGGACUAUACCGUAUGUCGAAUGAAAGUGUAUCGAAUUUUAGAGACAUGCAGUCUAUCAUACAAGCAUUUGCAAAAGAGAUUCCCGACCAGGUUAUCUGGGGUAGUGAUUGGCCACAUACAGGAGAUGGACAUAACAGGGUGAAAGAGAUGGCCUUGAGUGUCAAGGAGCCAUUUCGGUUCAUUGACGACGAUGGAAUCUUGCGGAAUCUACGCUGCUGGAUGGGCAGUGAGGCGUGGGAGAAGAUGGUCAAGCACAAUCCUAGACGAUUAUACCAUUAGCAGUCAAUUAUAGAAAUAUAAAGCGUU